CGCUCCCGAAGGCCGGCGGCGCUCCCAGCCCGCCCGAAGCCCAUGCCCGGCGGCUGACCCGUGCUGCGGCUGGAGGGGGGCCCGGCUCUGCAUGGCCCCGGCUGCUGACAUGACUUCUUUGCCACUCGGUGUCAAAGUGGAGGACUCGGCCUUCGGCAAGCCGGCGGGGGGAGGCGCGAGCCAGGCCCCCAGCGCCGCCGCGGCAACGGCGGCCGCCAUGGGCGCAGACGAGGAGGGGGCCAAGCCCAAAGUGUCCCCUUCACUCCUGCCCUUCAGCGUGGAGGCGCUCAUGGCCGACCACAGGAAGCCCGGGGCCAAGGAGAGCGCCCUGGUGGCCUCCGAGGGCGCCCAGGCGGCGGGCGGCUCGGCGCAGCCCCUGGGCGCCCGGCCAGGGUCUCUGGGAGCCCCGGACGCGCCGUCUUCGCCGCGGCCGCUGGGCCAUUUCUCGGUGGGAGGACUUCUCAAGCUGCCCGAAGAUGCGCUCGUCAAAGCCGAGAGCCCCGAGAAGCCCGAGAGGACCCCGUGGAUGCAGAACCCCCGCUUCUCCCCGCCCCCGGCCAGCCCCCUAGGGCGGCUGAGCCCCCCGGCCUGCACCCUGCGCAAGCACAAGACCAACCGCAAGCCUAGGACGCCCUUCACCACCGCGCAGCUGCUGGCGCUGGAGCGCAAGUUCCGCCAGAAGCAGUACCUGUCCAUCGCGGAGCGCGCCGAGUUCUCCAGCUCGCUCAGCCUCACCGAGACGCAGGUGAAGAUCUGGUUCCAGAACCGCCGCGCCAAGGCCAAGAGACUGCAGGAGGCCGAGCUGGAAAAGCUGAAGAUGGCCACCAAGCCCAUGCUGCCCCCGGCGGCCUUCGGCCUGUCCUUCCCGCUCGGCGGCCCCGCUGCGGUAGCGGCGGCGGGCGCCUCGCUCUACGGCGCCUCUGGCCCCUUCCAGCGCGCCGCGCUGCCCGUAGCGCCUGUGGGACUCUACACAGCCCAUGUGGGUUACAGCAUGUACCACCUGACAUAGAGGGUCCCAGGGCCUCCUACCUGCGGUACCGGCCGACCCCUCCCGCCCUCCUGUCUUCUGCAAAGCCAGGAGCCACGUCCCCCCGCAGUGAGCUCCCCUGUUCCCCGCAGCGCUCGGCUUCUUCCCCUUUCACCCCCACGCUCGUCCAGUGUAUCCUGGGCUGCUCCCUUCCAUCAGCCUCCGAAGUCUGACCCCCUCCCCAGAAGUGGCUGGAAGGGUCCCUUAACACUCUUCUAGAAUCUAGACCCACCCUUUGUGUUACAUACAGAUGGAGAAAGUGGGGUUAGAGAGGUUACAUUUCCCAAAGGUCCCUCAGCCGAGUUAGCAGUUGGACCCACACCAGCGGCUGCAUCCUGCUGUCGCCGCCUCCUGUACUGACUCUGGGCAGGGAAAGCACAGAAAAAACCUCCUGUCUGAAGAUUUUGGAAAGAACAGUUGCAGAGAAAGAGAAGAGCAGGUCAGGGGAGACGGACUCCCCCCGCAACCUCCUUCCCAGGUCCUUCAGAAAACUUCUGAAAACUUCAGCGUUCAGCAGAACAUUUGUUUUCGGUGGGGGGAGGGGGGACACGCACACAGAUGCGUUGCAAAGGUAGGUUGAAAGGACCCCUCUCGCCAGUAUCGGAAGAAACUGUAAAAUAAAAUUUAAAAAUCCUGUUUCUAUUUAACAGUACAUUUGUGUGACUCUCAAGAAUCCCUUUGGAAGGGAUGGUGUGUAAUAUACUGUAUAUUUGAAAUUUUAUUAUCAUUUAUAUUAUAGCUAUAUUUGUUAAAUAAAUUAAUUUUAAGCUACAA